ACUACCCCUCCCUUCCACCCCACCAAAAAAGUAGCAGGUACGUUACAUUACAAUUUCAUUGAAGUCGAAGGAACCUCCACCCAACUGUUACUGUCGGCAACAACAACCAAACAUCCUUCUUUGCCAGAAGCCAGUCAGCCAUUGGAAGCAACCGAGCAAUUGGGUUUGAGCUUUGGAGAGAGAAGACGGGAAUAAAAACGAAAGCCCAAAAAAGGAAACGUUUUUUGUUUUUUAAAUACAAGAAAAAGAAAAUGAGAAAUAACAGACUCUUUCUUUAGACGAAAGUAGAGUCAAGCUUAGAGUCUGCAAUUGAGAUUCGCAGAUUACAGUUUCAGUCCUUCUUCUAGUACUGAGCUCCCUGAAGUGUUUACUGUUAGGCAAAGUUAAACAGAAAUUUCUUUUUCUGUUUUGGGGAUUACCAAUGUUGGUCCAAGACCGUACAACGGCCCCCAAAUCCCCCAAAUCUUCACGAACUUUGCCUACUUUCAAUCCAAACAACCACCAUCAGGAAAGCUACCGUUUUUCGCCAUCCAAAUCCCUAGAUUUCUCCACUUGGUUUGCAGAGAAUCUUUACAAGAUCAUUACUUGUUUUUUUCUUAUUUUCACUGUUGCUAUAGUCUUCUUCCUCUGGAAUACUGGUGAUUCUGCUGCUUUUCUCUAUCUUCAAUCGAGAACCCAACCCAUUGAGAAAACCCUUCAUUUUCCUCAAAUUAAUUGGAAUCGUAUCACACCCAUCACUGAUAAGACUUCUCCUUACGCGAAUUUCCGUACGGAGAAAUGGAUUGUUGUUUCAGUGUCUGACUAUCCAUCGGAUUCGCUAAGAAAACUUGUUAAAAUCAAAGGGUGGCAGUUGUUGGCAAUUGGGAAUUCGAAGACACCAAGAGAUUGGGUUUUAAAGGGUGCAAUUUUCCUGUCUUUGGAUCAGCAAGCGAGCUUGGGAUUUAAGGUUGUGGAUUUUGUGCCAUUUGAUUCGUAUGUGAGGAAAAGUGUUGGGUAUUUGUUUGCUAUACAACAUGGGGCGAAGAAGAUUUUCGAUGCUGAUGAUCGAGGUGAAGUGAUUGGAGAUAAUUUAGGGAAGCAUUUUGAUGUGGAAUUAGUUGGGGAAGGAGCUAGGCAAGAGACUAUUUUGCAGUAUAGUCAUGAGAAUGUGAAUAGGUCUGUGUUGAAUCCUUAUAUUCAUUUUGGGCAGAGGUCAGUUUGGCCUAGAGGCUUACCAUUGGAAAAUGUGGGUGAAAUUGAGCAUGAAGAGUUUUACACAGAGGUUUUUAGUGGGAAACAAUUUAUACAGCAAGGGAUAUCAAAUGGGUUACCAGAUGUUGAUUCUGUGUUUUAUUUUACUAGGAAAUCUGGUUUGGAAGCUUUUGAUAUUAGGUUUGAUGAGCAUGCCCCAAAAGUGGCAUUGCCUCAAGGGAUAAUGGUGCCUGUCAAUUCAUUUAAUACAAUUUACCAUUCACCGGCCUUUUGGGGUUUGAUGCUUCCGGUUUCAGUCAGUACAAUGGCUUCUGAUGUGUUAAGGGGUUAUUGGGGGCAAAGGCUUUUGUGGGAGAUUGGUGGAUAUGUUGUGGUUUAUCCACCUACUGUGCAUAGAUAUGAUAGAACUGAGGGAUACCCAUUUUCAGAGGAGAAAGAUCUUCAUGUAAAUGUAGGAAGGUUGAUUAAGUUCUUGGUCGCAUGGAGAUCAAAUAAACAUAGGUUGUUUGAAAAGAUUUUGGAGUUGAGUUAUGCAAUGGCAGAGGAAGGAUUUUGGACUGAACAGGAUGUUAGGUUUACUGCUGCUUGGCUUCAGGACUUGAUUGCUGUUGGAUAUCAGCAGCCUAGGUUAAUGUCACUAGAAUUGGAUCGACCACGGGCAAGUAUUGGUCAUGGAGAUCGAAGGGAGUUUAUCCCUCGUAAGUUGCCAUCUGUGCAUCUCGGAGUAGAGGAAGCAGGAACAGUGAAUUAUGAGAUUGGUAACUUGAUUCGGUGGAGGAAGAAUUUUGGUAAUGUGGUGCUAAUUAUGUUUUGCACCAGUCCUGUGGAACGGACUGCCCUGGAAUGGAGAUUGCUGUAUGGGAGGAUAUUCAAAACUGUGGUUAUCUUAUCACAGCAGAAGAAUGAGGAUCUUGCUGUUGAAGAAGGUCAUUUGGAACAGUUAUACAAGCAACUGCCCAAGAUUUUUAAUCGGUUUACUAGUGCAGAAGGCUUUUUAUUCCUUAAGGAUGAUACUGUCCUUAAUUAUUGGAAUUUGCUUCAGGCAGACAAGACUAAGCUAUGGAUUACAGACAAGGUAUCUAAAUCGUGGAGCACCAUGUCCACCAAGGGGGACUCCGAUUGGUAUGCAAAACAAGCAGAAAUGGUGAAAAAGGUUGUUAGCUCAAUGCCUGUUCACUUCCAAGUCAAUUACAAGGAUGCUAUGAGUGAUCAGAGUCUCACAAUAUGCAGUUCUGAGAUAUUCUAUAUUCCUCGCCACUUUGGAGCUGACUUUACCGAGCUUGUAAGUCUUGUGGGUGAUCUGGAAAUCCAUAACAACGUUGCUAUACCAAUGUUUUUUGUUUCAAUGGAUUCACCGCAGAAUUUUGAUUCUGUGCUUAAUACAAUGGUAUAUAAACGGAAGCCACCUUCAACUAAUUCAACCCUUUAUUCUGCUCAAGCACCUGCUAUUCACCCAUGGAACGUGUCGAGUGAACAAGAUUUUAUAAAGCUGGUAAGAAUAAUGGCAGAAGGUGAUCCUCUCCUAAUGGAGUUCGUUUGAAGAUAAAAUCUUCUUUUUGAUACUUGCAAGAACCACGAUAGAGUCAACGAACUGUACCAUUUUGUAAUUGAUACAAAUUUCUCUUUUGUUUUUCUUUUCCAAUUUUUCUAGAAGGGGAAGGCUCUUUUUGCUUUUAAAAUGUAAUUGCAAAUUUUUUUUUAAUAAUUUUCUUGUAGAUUUAUCUUGUAUGAUUCAUUGACUGAUUGGGGAUUCCCCUCCAAUGAUAAAUGUUUUAGGCUUUUUCUUUGUCUAAAGAAAAUAUAAGAACACUGCUUUUAGCAUCAAUUUCAGUU